AUGUUCUCCAAAAUAAGGAACUUUUCAGAGGAUGUUGCAAAAAGUUUAAAUGAUUUAAAUUCAUCAGAUCAACAAUUACAACAACAAAAACCGGAUCCUUUGGUACAAUUACAAAAAAACUCCAAAAUUUUAAUGACUGAUACUCCAGAUUCUAAUCAAUUAAUCCAACCAACUAAUGAAGAUUCAGAAAUUCCUUCAAGAAUUACAACACCGGCCCCAACACCAAUAAAUCAAUCUAGUUCUAAUAUUUCAAAAGUUUCAUCAAUAAAUUCUACCAACUCGACACCACCCCCAAAUCAACAAAACUCAGAGAAUAUAGAUAAUCUACCGCCGAUUAUUAAAUCAAAAUUAAAGAAAUUUGCAAAAUAUGAAGAGAAAUAUCCUAUUUUAUUAGAGGCUUACAAAAUUGAAAAACGUAAAACUGAAUUAAUCAAAAUAUUUGAAAAUGUACUAAAAGAAAAUACUCCAAUAUCGUCAAUAUCUGAUGCAAAAAUAUUAAUAGAAUACCUAAAUGGUUUAAAUGAUAAGAAUAAAUUACAAAAUAAUGAAAUUAGAAAAUUAACAAAAGAAAACUCAGUAUUAACUUUUAAAAUUGCAAAAUAUGAAGAAGAUGGAGAAGAUAGUUUAUUUAAAAAGAUUGAAGAUUUGAAAAAAGAGAAUGAGGGAUUACAAAGUCAGAUAUUGAUAAGUGGGAAAGAGGUAGAUGAAAAUAAAAGUAAAUUUGAAUCACAACUUAAAGAAAAGGAUGAAAAUCUAGAUAAAUUGAGGAGGGAGAUCGAGGAGAGCAAAAGUCAGAAGGAUGAGUCUAUAACCACGAACGAUAAUGAAACUGUAAAGAGUAAUGGAGAUGUUUCACAAGUUUCGAAUAUGAAGAAGGAACUCGCAGUUAGAGAGAAAGAAUAUGAUGAAUUAUCACAAAAAUUAAAGGAUACCAAUAAACUCAUAUCGGAGAAAAAUGAUGAGAUUGAAGACUUAAGAGAUCUGUUGAAAGAUAUUGGAAAUGAUUUGGUAUCAGCGAGAGAUGAAAUUAAAGGUUUGAGAGCUGAAACAGAUAAUGACGUUUCAAACGGUUCAAAUGGAUCCCAUGAAAAAGAAACUGAAGAACAUAGCACAACUACACAACUAGCCAAUUUGAAGAACGAUUUAAACACUUGGAAAGACAAACACAAUAGCAAAGUGAAAGAAAUAAAAGAAUUAAAUAAUAAAGUCUCAUCAUUAGAGGAUGAAAAUCAUAAGAAUAAUUUAUCAAGUAAACAAUCAGAGAGCAAUUUAAGGAAGGAAAUCCAAACUUUGAAAACUCAAAUCAAAGAUCUAGAGACAAAAGCUACCACCACUGAAAUGGAAUUAACUGAUCAUAAAACCGAAAGAACAAAAUUGGAAGAUAGAAUAUCUGAAUUAUCAAAAUUUAAAAGUAAUGACACGUCGUUUAAAUUAGAAAUCUCAUCGCUACAAUCAUCAAUUAAGCAUAAAGAUGAACAAAUAAAGCUUAUCAAAUUAAAAUUAGAUGAGCUAACAGAAGAAAACAAAUCACUUCAACAAAAAAUUGAUAAAUUAACUGCAUCAAAUAAUGACUUACAAUCAAAUUCAAUGGAUUACCUAAAAUCAAAGAAUGAAUUAUUGACAAAGCAAGAAUUGUUUAUUGAAAAUGAGAAAAAUUUAGGAUCACAAAUAAAUAAAUUGCAACAAGAGAAACAACUGAUAAAAAAUGAAUUAGAAAAAACUAAGAAUAGAUUAGACUCUAUAAUAAGUGAAAAAUCAAGUGCAAAUAAUGAUAUAUUAACAUACAAGAAACAAUAUGAUGAACUAUCAAUGAAAUCAAAGGAAUACAACUUGAGAAUUGAGAGUUUAGAAGAUGAUAUAUCUGAAUCAAGAACUUUAUUACAAGAGAAAAACAGAGAAUCUAGUAGUUUAAGAAGAUUGUUAAUUGAUGCAGAAGAAGUAAUGAAACAAAAGGAAUCUAAUCAUAAGUUGGAGCUCAAUAGGAUACAAGACGAAAAAAUGGAAUUUGAAAGAUCAACGAAUCAAUUAAUCAAGAGAAAACAAAAGGAUGUUGAUGAAAUGAAAAAACAGUUAGAAGAGUCUGAAUCAAAUUUGAAAAAAAUUGAGAAAAAGCUAGAAGAGAUAGAAAAAUCAACAUCAACAAUCACUAGUACUUUGGUAACCCAUAACGGGGAAGAUCAAAUAAACUCAGACCUACAAUCUCAAAUUAAUACCUUGAGAGCUGCAUUAACUUCUUCUACCAACAAAAUAAAGGAAUACGAAAAAUUGAAUGGUAAUUUGAAGAAACUAAAUGAAGAUAACAUUUUAAAGUUUGAGAGAUUAUCAAAAAACUAUAAAUUAUUAACUCAACAAUAUAGAAUAAUGAAGGAUAAUCAGCAUGAGCUGAGUCAAAGUAGUAGAAAAUCAUCAAUCAAUGGAAGUGUGAUAGAUGGAGAUUUGGAUUUUAGAGAAAAUGAAAUGCAAAAACAAGAAAAUGCUAAUGUUGCAUAUUUGAAAAAUGUUUUACUUGGUUAUUUUGAACAUAGAGAACAAAGAGACCAAUUGCUACCUGUUUUAAAAACAAUAUUUCAAUUUAGUAAAGAUGAUGAAAAUAAGUUUUUAUUAGCCUUGAAAUAA